UCAGUUAUCAGCCGCAAGUUGCAACCGACUACGACUACUUCCGAUAUUAAAGCUCAGAGCUUUUUUUUAAUUUUUCCACUCUCGAAUCUCGAUUCCGCAUUUUCGCAGUUUUCCUCGCUGGGUUCCUGCUUCUCCCCCCCUCCUCGGUCGACCGUCAGCCGUCGGCUGCCCGACGUAAACAACACAGCACCGCAUCAUCAAUAUAGCACAAAACAGGUCCAGUGAUCAGCCAUCCGUCGAGCACGUGCGCCGUCCACGCGAGAUAAAACCACGACCAAGACCUGACGAUGACGCGGUCUGUCCGCUGAGAAAAUGACGCUGCUGCGCGAUCGCACCAAUAAACGAGCUUCGUCCGUCGCGAUCGGGCCGCGAACUCCGCCACUGCUGUUGAGUGUGGCAACAGACGCAUUUUAACCUUGGCCGGUUGUUGCGCCGUAAUCUUUGACCCGCCCCGAGACUCGACUACUGCCAGACCGCAAUACGCACUGCGAUGGAGUGCGCCAACCUAGACGAGUGUGUCGAGAACUGGGAUUCGAUAGCUGGCGACUACAAGACUCUCGAGAAUGCCAAUAAAGAAUAUUUAGCCAAGGUAGAAGAGGUUAGUGAUCUUCAAGGUCAGUGUAUGAAACAAGUCAGUCACCAAAAAUAUCGAUUAAAUUUUAUUGCAAAAUCUUUAAAAAAUUUUGAAAAUGAUGAACGUCAAGACAUCGUACAACGACUUUGGAAAGAUAUUAACCAUCGUCGCCAACAACUGUCGGAUAUUGAACAAUCACUACCCAAACCCAAUGGAACAUACUUGAAAAUUAUACUGGGCAACGUAAAUGUAUCAAUUUUGAAUAAAGAAGACAAAUUCCGAUAUAAAGAUGAAUAUGAAAAAUUCAAAUUGGUUCUUAGCAUUAUUGGUUUCUUUUUAUCUCUAUUGAAUUUGGUGACACAUAGACGUGGAAUCGAAUUGACCUUUUUGUUUCUUUUGGUCUGGUAUUAUUGUACAUUGACAAUACGCGAAAGCAUAUUGAAAGUAAAUGGCUCCAAAAUCAAAGGAUGGUGGAGGGUACAUCAUUUUAUAUCUACUGUGGCUUCAGCCGUACUCCUCGUUUGGCCAAAUUCCGAAACGUGGUUCAUAUUUAGGCCACAGUUCAUGAUAUUUAAUGUACUCAUUAGCGUAGUUCAAUCAUUCCAGUUUGUAUACCAGCAAGGAGUUCUAUAUAGACUUAAAGCAUUAGGCGAACGUCAUAACAUGGAUAUCACCAUUGAAGGUUUCCAUUCUUGGAUGUGGCGUGGUCUUAGUUUCCUACUGCCAUUCUUGUAUCUAGGAUAUAUUUUCCAAUUGUACAACGCAUAUACAUUAUAUAAGUUGUGUUAUCAUCCACAUGCCACUUGGCAGGUUCCUGUUUUGUCAGGGUUAUUUUUUAUAUUGUUCUUGGGAAACGCGGUUACUACUUCAAUGGUAAUUCCAGAAAAACUAAGAGAAGUAAAAAUAAGACGAAUUAUUAAGACGUAUACUCGAAAAAUGUCUGGCAAUCGACUCGGAGCUGACCCCAAAAAAAGUGACUGAAAAACUAAUGUAAAAGAUAACAAAGAAUUGCAACUUCAAGACUUAGGUAUACGAUUGUUAAAAUGUAUAGAUGAAGACAUCUUAAAAUAUUUUCAUGUAACAAUUAAAAAAAAAUAAAUUUUAAUGAAUAAUUAACA